GUGGAUAUACUGGGGGAAUUGCCGGUGCAGUUCAAUGACUGGCUUCGGUCGAAGAACUGGAAGGAGCGACGCGAUGCUCUGCAGGCUCUGGUUGAUGAGACUACAAAAGCACCGAGGCUCGAUCCGAAAGCCGACUACUUUAACCUGACGCAAAGCCUUCGCAAUGUUCUGGCCAAUGAUGCCAAUAUCAAUGUGUCGGCGCUUGCUGCCAAAUCCAUAACAAAUCUUGCGAAUGGCCUUCGCUCGAAAUUCGCGCAGUUUGUCACGUUG